UUUGCGAGUCUCAUGGACCCCAAAAAGGUGGAGGCAUUAGCUAAACUUGCGCAGUUUAGACCUGAAGAUAAACCACAACCUCAUACUUCUGUUCCUGGCCCUCUCAAGCCAAUAGUGAAUAUUCUACUAAAAGAAGAACCAAGGUUUACUGAAGCGACGUUUACGGACAGAGUUCGAGUUCAGCUUUAUUCAGUCAAAGAUAUCAUAACCGGGAAGAAGGUUGAAACUCCCCAUACCUUCAAAUGUGGUUCAGAAAUAUACACAGCGCGCGAAGAUGCAUUCGCCUUUACCGAAAUCACUGUAGAACCAGGGAAGACUGUCGAGGUCGAUGUAUCCUUGGAAGACCAAGUGAAUUUCUAUCCUCAACAAAAGAUCAUAAUUUAUGAUGUGUGGUUCUAUGGAGAAGGAAUCGUCAUCCAGCCACUUCCAUCAGUCAAUAAACAAACUUUUUGGCAGAGGAUGCUUUGGGGGAAGUGAAAUCCGCAC